CUCGUUUUCUAACCCGGGUGUAAUUUACUGCCGGAGCCGGAUGCUACUGAAGUCGAAAAUCGCGUCCCACGCGAGUUCAUUCUUCUGGGUGGCGAGAUAUUGAUUAUCCUCCAAAGGAAAAAAAAAACAGAAGAUGGUCUGAGGUACAACUUAAUGAGACAGCGGUAUUCCUUCCUUUCUGGAUUUUUCACAUAGUUAAAAUACGUUGCGGUUUCACCUUUCAAGCCCAGUACAGAAAAGACACCGUACGCCGCACAGAAACAGGCCAUGGAGCAAUCGGAGCAGACCGCCCCCGACCUGGGGACCCAGGAGGUGAAUCCCGUCUAUCUGCAGCAGCUGAGAGAGCUGGACAUCCCAGAGGAAGCUGCAAAGCAGGCACUUCUACACACUAGGAAUGUGUCAGCAGAAGAGGCAGCCAUGUACUAUUUUAACAAACUUGAGAACGAGGAGGAAGGAGACGAAGAUCUAUCAUUUAAGAUGGUGUUUGUUGUGAACAUGGAGCUGUCAAUGGGAGUAGGAAAGGUUGCUGCCCAGGUUGGCCAUGCUGCAGUUGGACUGUACCAGGCCUUGCAGGAAAAGAACAGCUGGAGAGAGAUGGCAUGGAAGUGGGAUCAGGCUGGAGCCAAGAAAGUGGUGCUCCAGGGGAGUAAUAUGGCCCACCUGCUGGAGCUCCAAGCCCUUGCCAUGAGUCUCAGCCUACCCACUUACCUGGUGCAGGAUGCUGGAAGGACUCAGGUGGAGUCUGGAUCCCGAACCGUCUUGGCAGUUAUUGGUGAAGAGGAAGUGGUUAACAAUGUAACUGGAAAUCUGAAGCUGCUCUGAAAGGCAGGGAGUCUAGUGCAGAGCCAGUGUCGCUAGGCGACCAGCAGAGGGCAGUAUUAAGUUUCAGCAGGAGUGUCUCGGCAUGCGGAGUGUAACUACAGCCAUUUUUUUUUCUAUUCACUUUCCGAGCCACUGACUGGAGUUAAAAGAGAGAAGCCGCUCAGUCCAGGUGAAAGCUGGUUUCCGAACCAGGCUGUAUGUGUUCAUGAACUUUGAAAAAGUGAGACCCAGAGCAGAGAAUAGCUGAAUGACAAGGAACCAUAACAUACCUUCCUACCUUUUGUCACCCAAAUGUUCUCUAAAACCUGUAGAAAAAACGGACUGACCUUUGUAAACUGGUAGUUGUUGAAUGGCGGUAGUUAUCCCAGCAUUAGGCAAACAAAUAUUUAAUUGAUGUAAUUAAAAGGGGACCACCUUGCCCUCUGUUUCUACAUGUAUGAAGUCUUUAUGGAAUACUGUAAACUGAAAAAUGUAUUUAAUUAAUAUGGCUUUCAUGUUUUCUGUGCAAUGCAAUCCUCACAAUCUCUGCAAUCCACCCUGAUGCAGUUUCAUGUUAUGCUAAUGUAUAAAUACAGGAUAAGUUAUUGUAUGCACUUUGCUUGUAACUCCCAAACACAAAUAGUUGUGGAAUUUAAAUGUGCAUGCUUAUGAGCUCAUAUUAGACAUUAUUCUACCAGGGGGCAGAUUGGGUUAUAUCCCAGAUCAGAUUUUUAGGCUUCCAAGUACUGGAAGUCUUGAGAGGUCAUCUUUUUUUACGCACAUUUGAAACUGCUUGUGCUCGAAGACUUGCUUCAUAAUAGGUAUGGUGAGAGAUACAAGCCAUUACAUUGAUUAAAAACUGAGGUCCUGUAUCAAACAAGAUAUCAACUUGACCCUCACAUUCCAGAGCUUCUUUGCCAUCUCUACUGCUGUAUCGACUGAAUUGGAACGUUGCAGAUUUGCUGAACAAGAUGCCUUUUUAUUUGCACUUGAAAAAUGACUAUGAUAACUUACACCUGUAUCUGGUCAUAAACUGUUCUGAAUAACACAACAUGUCAUACUGCUCAGAAACUUUGGCCAAUUAACUCCAACCUUUUUCUUUACUUCCAGUAUGUGGCCCACAACACUAACAUACUCUAGUAUCACUGUAAGAUAACAUUUAAUUAACAACAGAUGCACUGUCUUUCUUGCAGAAACAAAGAUGAGUACCUGACUGCCAUUUUUUUUUCUCAGUUCUCAGGCUAAGUUGGUCUUUGGAACUGCUGAACCCAUUGAAUUUAAACUUGCUAGACUGCACGAACAGCCAAAACUGCUUCUGAUUAGACCCACAGAAGUUACUGUGAUAAUUUCCUUAUCUGCAGUCGGUCAUCAGUAGACACUAUUUACACCUGAAGAUGGUCAUCCCCUAUAUUACAACAGUGCCUUGUACUGUUAACUUCUGUUCUUCAGAAAAAUGUAUAGUAAAAACUGUCAGCCUUUAAGGGCAUCAUUCUAGUUUACUCACAGUUUAUGCACACUGUUGAAGAAAGCAAGCAGGGACUUGCUUGGAAGCCUUCAGCAGUCUGAAAUCUGAUUUGAUCUCUUUUUGCCUUUUCCACAGAAAUGUCUGUGAACUCCAAGAUUGUGUAGUGACUUUGGACUUAUUUAUGUACUUUAUAUAGUUGGUAUAAUUUGCAGGACCAAGGGUAACCUGUGACACGGAUCCAGAAGUAUGCACACUUUUAUUCCACAAACAUUUGUAACUGUGCAGAUGGUGGAAGCAGUGCACCCUGUCCAAUACAAAAAUGAUAUUUGAAAAGCAUGUGUUGGUUUGUGUUGAAUGCAUUCUUCAUUCUACUCCGUUCUUAGCACCUGCUAUUAUAAUGCUAUUACACAAUUUCAAUUAUCAUUUAUCUGUUUUUUGUUUACAUUAUUUUCUUUUAGGGUAGCACUUAUGAAGGAUCACUACAUUUUACAUUAAUACAUAUGUCUGUUCAACAGGUGUCUCCAAAGCAAUGUCACAGGCCCCGCAUUGAGGGAGGCAAGACUCUUAAACUGCACUAGUCUUAAUUAUAAUAAAAAGUGAAAACAAUUUUCAAAAAGAGGCGAUGCACUGCAGGUAGUGUAAGUUACAUAUUGAGAACAAACCUGUCUUUCUGUCAUAACUGUUAGGCUCCAAGCCUUAUGUAAAAGAAGCAACCUUGAACACUUUCAUUUAUUGCUAUUAAAUACUUUGUGCUGUAGUUAUGCUUGCCAAAGGUGGAAGGUUUCUUUUGUACAAAAAGCAAUUUAACAUGAUCUGUGUAACUCUGUUCUGAAAGCAUAUUUUGAUAGGUCUUUCCCAUAAAUUUGAAGUCUGAUACAGUUAUUAGCUCUUUUCAUUUCAAGUGGCAUUACUGGAGGAAGCAAGUGGGAGAAAGUGACAAUAUGUAUUUUUUAUGGGAAGCAGAUGUAUUAUUUGUUCCUUGCUUUUGUAUGUAUCAUUGAAGCAUGCACUGCAAUAUAUCAUUCUGAUAAUUACUGGAGGAUUUGCGACUAUUCAGAAGACAUUUUUAGUUUAGGGUCUGUAGUGAGAGCUUGCAUAUGUCUGCCCUGAAGAAGACUGUUUAAUUAUUCUACCUUGAAUAUUUCCAUAUUGUGCCCUAAAAAAUUGAAACAUUAUAUUUUUUGUCCCCCUCCAAAUGAGUUUUUAAGAUUGAAGAUGCAACCAUACAUAAAACAUAAUUGCUCAACAAAACUAUUGCUUGUAUUCACUAUUAGCCACCAUAUCAAAAUAAAUCUCUGUAUCUUUUUGGCUGAUUAA